GGUCCCUCUCGCCCGCUAGCUGAUGGGACGUUGGAGGACCGAGAAGAGGAGGAGCGGUGCAGUAACGCUAGCUUCGUUUGUGAGGGAGGGCUAUCGAUGCUAAUGCAAUAAAACGGGGAGAAAGAUCGCUUUGUAAUGCACACCGCUGGCGAAAUGUGGGGAUUUUUGAAAAGGCGCUGGCUGGACGCGAUGAAUUAGGAUGGCUGUUCAAUAAUGUUGUUUUGUCUGUCAAUGGGAGCAAGCGGAUGCAGCGCCGGUCCGUCACACCACCACACGAAGCGGCGAGCCAGCCUAGCGGCUUCUAUUUAGACGGCGCUAGGGAUUGUGUAGCUGACUCCGUUGUGUACAAAACAGAAGCCCUCUCGCGUCGUUUACGACCAAAAAAAGAUCUGGGUACACAUCUGUGCGAAUGUAUUUUUCCUCUAUUUGAAACUGGUUGUGCCGCUGAUGCACGGGGGCUAUCCUGCACAGAAGCCGCCGACAUCAUCGGAGGCCUGGGGGUAAUUAUUGGGACAUUCGCCGCAAGACUGGAUUGAUUCCAGAACAAUGUCAAGGAAACUGAAUAUUGUACCAAAACCAACUUCCAAACAUUCGCUUGUCAUUCCUUCCCUGCACGGUAACCUCAGAGAUGUGAAAAUGCCUUGGAUUUAACCUCUUCGUGCACUGGUUUUCUCCGUUUUAAGGAUACGUUUGUUCCUGGGGAAUCUGUUUAAUUUAAAUUGCAGGAAACGAACCAACUUGGUCGUUAGCAAACCGUCAUAGUUCAUACAAUACAAAUUCAUCUAAUCCGUCUCCGGAUUUCAUCCACACUAGUUAAACCAGGUCGCUAACUUGGUUAGGCAUAUUAGCUAGCUAACCUGCUAGCUAACGGACAACAACAUCACGACCGAUGCAUAUGGAUCGGAAUGCCAAUACAAUUUUCACGAAUAUGACAGUGUCGUUGAGUUAAUGGAGGAUUAUCGCCGCGUCCUCUUCAAGUAAACGACACAGCUGUAUGCCUGAACGAAACACCGACCGAUAUGAGAUAAUACCGCGGCAGAUGAACGGAAGUAGACUGUGACAUUUAUUCAGCCGACUGACUGGAUCAUAGACCAUGACCACCCCGGCUCUGCUGCCGCUGUCGGGCCGCCGGAUACCCGCUCUCGCAGCCGGCGCCUCGUCCUUCUCGCACCACAGAGCCACGCUCAGGCUUUCCGAGAAGUUCAUCCUCCUCCUCAUCCUCAGUGCCUUCAUCACGCUGUGCUUUGGCGCUUUCUUCUUCCUCCCGGACAACUCCAAGCACAAGCGCUUCGACCUGGGUUUGGAGGACGUGCUGAUCCCGCACAUCGAAGCCAACAAGGAGGGGAAACUUCCGGGCGGGCAGAUCAUCCACGGGCAAGGCGGCCACGACGAGCACCGUCACAGGGAGGAAGAGGAGAGCUUGCGGAGUAAGAUCCGCGCGGACCAUGAGCGUGCGCUGCAGGAGGCCAAGGAGAAGCUGCGGAAGACGCGCGAGGAGCUGCGGGCUCAAAUCCAGACGGAGAAGAGCAAGCUGGCCCAGGACCUGAAGCAGAAGGAGAGCGAGCGGGCCCUCCCGCCCGUGCCCAUGCCCAAAGUGGUGGGGGUCAAUGAUGGGGUCCCCGGGGACCCCGCCGUCCGGGAGAAGAGGGACAAGAUCCGUGAGAUGAUGAAGCACGCGUGGGACAGCUACAGACAGUAUGGCUGGGGACACAACGAGCUCAAACCUCUCGCCAAGAAAGGGCAUUCCACCAACAUCUUUGGGAACUCUCAGAUGGGGGCCACCAUCGUGGACGCCCUGGACACGCUCUACAUCAUGGGCCUGCAGCAGGAGUUUAAGGACGGCCAGGAAUGGAUCCAGCAGAACCUGGACUUCAGCGUGAAUGCCGAGGUGUCGGUCUUCGAGGUCAACAUCCGCUUCAUUGGAGGCCUGCUGGCUGCUUAUUACCUGUCUGGACAAGAGGUGUUUAAGGUGAAAGCGGUGCAGUUGGCGGAGAAGCUGCUGCCAGCGUUCAACACGCCCACCGGAAUCCCCUGGGCCAUGGUCAACCUGAAGAGUGGUGUGGGGCGAAACUGGGGCUGGGCGUCGGCCGGGAGCAGUAUCCUGGCGGAAUUCGGGACGCUGCACAUGGAGUUUGUGCACCUGACGUACCUGACAGGAAAUCCAGCCUAUUACCAGAAGGUGAUGCACAUUCGUAAACUUCUGGCCAAGAUGGACCGACCCAACGGGCUGUACCCCAACUACCUGAACCCCCGAACGGGCCGCUGGGGCCAGCACCACACCUCCGUGGGCGGGCUGGGCGACAGCUUCUACGAGUACCUGCUGAAGGCCUGGCUCAUGUCCGACAAGACCGACACCGAGGCGCGCAGGACCUACGACGAGGCCGUGGAGGCCAUCGAGCGCCACCUGAUCCGCAAGUCCAACGGCGGCCUGACGUUCAUCGGCGAGUGGAAGAACGGACACCUGGAGCGGAAGAUGGGUCACCUGACCUGCUUCGCCGGUGGAAUGUUCGCGCUGGGCGCCGACGGCUCUCCUGACGACAGGGCGGGGCACUACCUGCAGCUGGGGGCCGAGAUCGCACACACCUGCCACGAGUCCUACGACCGCACAGUUCUGAAGCUGGGGCCUGAGGCCUUUAAGUUUGACAGUGGUCUGGAAGCAGUGGCAGUUCGGCAGAAUGAGAAGUACUACAUCCUGCGUCCGGAGGUGAUCGAGACGUACUGGUACAUGUGGAGGUUCACCCACGACCCCAAAUACAGAGACUGGGGCUGGGAGGCAGCGCAGGCCAUAGAUAAGUACUGCCGGGUCAGUGGGGGCUUCUCUGGGGUGAAGGACGUGUACUCGUCCAGCCCCGCCUACGACGACGUGCAGCAGAGCUUCUUCCUCGCCGAGACGCUCAAGUACCUGUACCUGCUCUUCUCUGGCGAUGACCUUCUGCCCUUGGAGAGCUGGGUCUUCAACACGGAGGCCCACCCCCUACCUGUGCUUCACCUGGGUAACAUCACUCUGCCUGGCAGCCCCGCCCAGCGAUAGGACCGCCCACCCUAAGCCCCGCCCCCUUCAGAAGGACUGCUGAGGCGCCAGGUGGUGGUCACAUGACCCACAGGCCGUCUCUGACCAGCUCGUUUAUCCCGCCUGACCAAAAUCUCCCCCCCGCCCCGGAGAGCAUGAGCGGACUGAUGAUCUCUUCUCCGGGACAGACGGACAAACGGACGGAGCGGGGAGAGGAGUCCAUCUUUACAGACGGGAUGGACAGGUGCCAUUUUUUUUUUUUUUUUUUUGCUGUGAAUAGGCUCAGCUUUAGAUUCUCUCAGAUGUGUAUAUAGAUGGGUACUUAUUGACCAUUUUCUUUAUGUGAGAUUUUCUUUUUCCAUUUUUUUUUGUGGGGAGGUUUACAUUUGAGAUGCCCAAAAUCAACGAUAGCACUUCCUGUUUACUGACCUUUGACCUGGAAAUAUAAAUGUAAUUACUGACCCUCACUGAGGAGGAACAGUGCAGCUCCUGCUGCUUGUCUGCUGCUCCCCACCUGUCAAUCAACAGAAGUGACUCCCAGACACACGCACACUCUCCCUCACACACACACACACACACACCCCUAGGCUGAGCCUUGUUCAUGGGUAAUUGGCUGGAUGUCUGUGGUAAUACUUGUGCACUUGAGUGUCUGAGUUCCACCAAGGGAACCAGUACAAUACUGAUGUUCAGUUCCUGACAUUAAAGUUUUUUUGCUGGAGUCUUCCAUCUCUCAAUGUCCCUCUACCCUGUCCCGUUGCCCUGUCCCAUUAUAGCCCUUUCCCACUGUAGAGCUGAACCAGGCUGGCUCAUUAUAGCCCUUUCCCACUGUAGAGCUGAACCAGGCUGGCUCAUUAUACCCCUUUCCCAUUGUAGAGCUGAACCAGGCUGGCUCAUUAUAGCCCUUUCCCACUGUACAGCUGGAACCAGUCUGGCUCAUUAUAGCCCUGUCCCACUGUAGAGCUGAACCAGGCUGGCUCAUUAUAGCCCUUUCCCACUGUAGAGCUGGAACCAGGCUGACUCAUUAUAGCCCUUUCCCACUGUACAGCUGGAACCAGUCUGGCUCAUUAUAGCCCUUUCUCACUGUAGAGCUGAACAAGGCUGGCUCAGUAUAACCCUUUCCCACUGUAGAGCUGAACCAGGCUGGCUCAGUAUAGCCCUUUCCCACUGUAGAGCUGAACCAGGCUGGCUCAGUACAACCCUUUCUCACUGUAGAGCUGGAACCAGGCUGGCUCAUUAUAGCCCUUUCUCACUGUAGAGCUGGAACCAGGCUGGCUCAUUAUAGCCCUUUCCCACUGUAGAGCUGGAACCAGGCUGGAGGGCUUAAUGUUUUCUAGGGGACAGUAAUGAGAUGGAUGUUCUUGAUGUUCUGAUCAGUGCGUUCCCUCAUAGUCACAUGAUCUUGUUUGGCAGGAUGAUGCUCUGUGCAUUCGACAGCAGUCACCGUGACAACUGGCAAAUGUCACACUGCUGGUCAACUCUCGUGUAAAUGCUUUUGUGUUUAACUUUAAUUAUUAUUAUAUUGACCCCAUACACAUGGCACCACUUAAACAGAUCUGCUUCCUUUUGCGUAUGAAACUAACAUUAGUCUGUGAUAUACAUCUGGAGGCUCUUCAGCCAAUAAGGAGGCUGCGCUUGAAGAGCAAAGAAAGAAGCCAUGAAGCAGCGGACAGAAUCUAACGGUCUGUUAUUUCCAAACUUUGGUACUUGGUGCAUCCAGAAACGUUAGGUGUUUAAGAGUUGUGUGCGGUCAUCGGUUGACCUACCGCACGUUCCGAAGGCAGAGAUCACCGCCACUUUGCCACACACCACAGAGUGGCUCUGGAGUGCCACAGUCACGGUGGAUUUUCUUUGUAUUAUUUUUGUGCGUGAAAAUAACUUCUUUUUUUUUUUUUUAAGGAAUGACCAUUUUCUUUUUUGACUUGUUAGUGGUAAGGAAAAUGGUCAUUCCUUAUUUAAAAAACUGCUACUUUUACAAUUCCCUUCCAGUUUCUGUGGUACCCAGACAAUCACCUUGCCCCUUUUGGGUGGAGCUCUGUAGAUCUGGCCAAUCGGUGACUGGCUCCGCCUCCCUCCCCACUGCAGUGCACAUCCCUGCCACCUGCUGCUUCAGUAAAGAAGGCGUCCGGCUCGCUCUUCCCCUCCAGUGCCCCAGGGGGCAGCAGUGCCAGUCUGCAGGUUUCACUUUCUCCAUCUUUUCGUUUAGUUUUUAAUUUUGUAUUUUGCAUCAUUGUGACAUCAUUUGCUGCUUCUUCUCCAGGGAGCUGCAGCCCAAGGUGAAUUUUCCACAGUGUUCCACAUUUGUAUUUUUACUGAACAAAAUGAAUUGUAAAUAUGUUAUUAAAAAGUUUGGAGACUGAUUCAAUAAAGAUGUAAUUAAAAGUGA